GCGAGCGAGCGAGCGAGCCAGCGCGCCAUAGAGCGCACGCGUGCAUGCGCGCGCGCGGACUUCUCGCUCAGCCGCCAGGAGAAGUUGCUCGAGGCGAGUGUCUGUAAAUGAGUGUCCGCGCGCCGCGUGGCCGCCGCAAUCCGCUCCGUUUCGCCCAAAUCAGGCGCAGGCCGGCAUGGAGGACCAGAGGAGCCACCAGAACCAGAACCAGCACAGCCGAGAGACCCAGGAGAAGCGAUACCAGCUGCCUGUGCAGGACUAUCAGGAGCAGAGGAAGCUGCCCGGGUACCCGUACUGCUCCACGCUGGCCAAUUUCCGCAUUGAGAAGAAGAUCGGCCGAGGCCAGUUCAGCGAGGUGUACCGAGCCACCUACCUGCUGGAGGGCAAGCAGGUGGCCCUAAAGAAAGUCCAGAUAUUUGAAAUGAUGGAUGCCAAAGCACGUCAGGACUGCAUCAAGGAGAUUGACCUUCUCAAGCAACUGAACCAUCCCAACGUGAUAAAGUACCUGGAUUCUUUCAUCGAGGAGAAUGAGCUGAACAUCGUGCUGGAGCUGGCAGACGCAGGCGACCUGUCUCAGAUGAUCAAGUACUUUAAGAAGAAGCGACGACUCAUCCCUGAAAGAACAAUAUGGAAAUAUUUUGUUCAGCUCUGCAGCGCCGUGGAGCACAUGCAUUCCCGAAGGGUGAUGCACAGAGACAUCAAGCCCGCCAACGUGUUCAUCACUGCGACCGGGGAGGUAAAGCUUGGUGACCUGGGCCUGGGCCGCUUCUUCAGCUCCAAGACGACGGCAGCACACUCCCUGGUGGGGACGCCGUACUACAUGUCUCCCGAAAGGAUCCACGAAAACGGUUACAACUUCAAGUCAGACAUCUGGUCAUUGGGCUGUUUGCUGUAUGAGAUGGCGGCCCUGCAGAGCCCUUUCUACGGGGACAAGAUGAACCUGCUCUCGCUAUGCCAGAAGAUCGAACAGUGCGACUACCCCCCGCUGCCGGCCGAGCACUACUCCGAGAAGCUGAGGGAGCUGGUGAGCAUGUGCAUCAACCCCGACCCGGCCCAGCGGCCCGACAUCGUCUUCGUGCUCCAGAUCGCCAAGCAGAUGCAGAUGUGGUCGUCGAGCACCUGAGCCCCGGUCCGGCGAACAGCACGGAGACCAUACGCACGGACGCGAGCCGCCUCUCGGCCUGACCUCAGAUCAGUUCGCUUUGUUCUGUUUCUGGGAGAGAUAGAAAGAGAGAGCGAGAGAGACGUGAGAAAGGUGCACGCAGAGAGGCUUCUGAGACGAGCUGAGCUGGCUGCACCACCCGUGCUUUCUCUAUUUCUUUUAUUCAUUUUUGGUAUUAAAAAAAAAACAAUUAUUUCUAAUCAAGAACUAUAUAGUCACGUAAAUAGUGCAGCGGUUCGAGAAAUUCUCGGUAGAAAGUGAUGUGAUUGGAGGGAAGGACAGAAAGGGGCGGAGUCUUGUCCCCUAUUGGCUGAGUUGUUAACGACAUUAACGACGCCCGUCGUAGGCUCUUUAGUCUGUCGCAGGAAAUGUGACCUGUAGUUCAGAGAAAUGUGAACAUCCUGUAGUGAGGACUCUCACUCAUUUUAUUCAUACUAAUUACGUAUUUCAGAUAUUACAUUAUGUAUUAUGUUUUCAUUUUAUUUUUAAUUUUUUUGCUAACGCUUCAGUGUUGCAAUUCUAAGUAUAUCUUUACUGUUUCUGGACAGAAUCUAAAUACUUUUUUGAGAUUUAUUUUUUUGUUUUGUUUUUUUUCCCCCCGAAAUUGUCUGAUAGCUUUAGUUGCCUGGUUUGUUUUUGAUUUGAAGUUUCAUGUGUGAAAACAUUACAAGUAUUUGAUGUUUGAUUUUUUUUUUUUUUUUUUUUUUUUUUUUUUUUUUUUUUUUUUUUUUAGUUUAUGGAAUAUUGAUUUGGUUUCGGAGCAGAGCACGGUGUUGCUGAAGCCCUGUUACAGUUUCUUUUUUUUUGCUGUGAAAUCCAGAGAAGCAAGCCAUGUGCAAGUGUCGUAAUGCAGGUUUCUCCGGGGGGCGCUCUGCACAUACUGGAUCAGACUCUAGUCUGUUGUAGUUCUCUAUCCGUGACUUAAAGUUCACACCAAAUAGUGGAGUGUACGGUAGCUGAGCCCUACCCAUCAUGCCCUGCACCAACGCCACGGCAGCAAGGCCUCCAUCAGCAUGACAUCCGAGGGCCACAUGUGGAACGUAUCUUCGCCCACAGUGCUGUCCAUCCAUCCAUGUGUAGAAGAGCAGGCCCCAGUCGCUUAUCGUGACCAGCCGUAUUAUCGAUCAUCUCCUGCGCCCGCCCUGUGACAUCAUCACGUCCAAAAAAGGUUGCGGACGGCUGUCGCCCAGGGCAACUGCGGCAACUUCUGGCAGCGUAAGGAAGACGGGAGCGCCACCAAUAUCCUCUUUCCUCCACUGUUUCCUCACCCUCAGAAGCCGGACUGUGUAUUUCACAUUAUUUACCUUGUUAACUGAGCUGCCUUUGCAACGCAGACUGCAAUUUUGCUCUGGUGAAAUCAUGUCAAACUGUUCCUUCUCAUA